AUGAAGUCGCUAUCCGUAAUCGUCCUGCUAGCGCUUUGCGUAGCUGCGCAAGCAGCUAUUACGCGCCUGGAAGACAUUAACUGGGCUGAAAUUCGACCGGUACAGGAGAGUCCUCACUUCAAGGCUAGCCGAGCAGCGAGCAGUGUCGGGCGAUUUCUGGCCAAACUUGAUGAACUCGAAGGUCCUCCAACACCAACACGUAGCGCGCGCAUCAACAAUGGAAUCGUCGUUGGCCCGACAGAUAUUCCGUACAUUGUCGGAGUCCUUGUCUCCGUCGAACGGGGAACAUACUUCUGCGGAGGUGUUCUCGUGUCGGAAAUGCAUAUCCUAACGUCCGGUUCCUGCGUCGAGGGACAAUCGUCCAUCACCGUGCUACUCGGAGCGAGCGAGAUUGCUCGCGCUCAGGACUUCGUCAUUGUCAGCCACGUCCGGAUGCAUCCCGAUUUUAGUUCGUUCUUCCAAUCGAACGAUCUAGCCAUCUUGACCCUCUCGCGGGCGCCGCGGUUCAGUGAUCAAAUUCAAAUCGCACGACUUCCACGGCGGGCCAAUGUAGGUGAUUCGUUUUCCAACGCCUGGACCACCAUUAGCGGCUGGGGCGAGACGGCAUCCAACACCGGUGAAGCGCUACCAAUGCAGCAACUUCGUUCCGUUCGCUCGCAAGUCAUAACGAACUUCAGCUGUACGAUCAGCUUCCCACUGUACUUGCGUUCAAGCAAUGUCUGCACCUCAUCUGACGGUGGUGCGCCUUGCGUGGGUGACGAGGGCGGUCCGGUGACUAUCGUUGAAGCGGAUGGACAGCCGACGGUUAUCGCAAUUCACUCGUACACGUAUUCUCGAGGAUGUACCAGAAGUUGGCCUGCGGUGCACACCCGUGUGACGGACUACCUUAACUGGAUUGAAAUUUACACCGGUGCGAAUAUUCGCGCAUAA